CACAGACUCGCACGCCUCACAAGCAACUUAACGCGCUGCCUUUGCCGAGCCGCACACACGCACACAGUCUCUCCAUCACACACGCACACGCACGCACACAGUCUCUCCAUCACACACGCACGCGCACGCAAACACGCGCUCUGUCUCAUAGACACACGCACAUUAUAUAUCAUACACAUACUAUAUCCCAUAAACACACUCUGACACACGCACACACAGUCCUAUACACACGCGCAGAUACAUACAAUUUAGCACACAGCCACACACAGCACGCACGCACGCGCGGACGGACGGACGGACGCACGGACGGACGCACGUGUAAGAGCGCUGAGUCAUUCACAAUGAGCGGCUACGUUCAAGUGUACGAGAAGAGCGAGACGCUGCGCUUGAGAGAGAAGCACGUCGGGCCGUCGUGCACGCUGUUCUUCUCGUCGGACCCCCUUAAGAUCGUGCGGGCCCAGGGCCAGUACAUGUACAAUGAGAAGGACGAGCGCUACCUCGACUGCAUCAACAACGUGGCGCACGUCGGCCACUGCCACCCAGACGUGGUCCAGGCUGCCCACAAGCAAAUGCUGCUCCUCAACACCAACUCACGGUUCCUGCACGACCACAUGGUCUGCUACGCCAAGCGGCUGACGGACACCCUGCCUGAGAAGCUCUGCGUCUGCUACUUCGUGAACUCGGGGUCAGAGGCGAAUGACCUCGCGCUGCGCCUGGCCAGGCAGCACACGGGCCACGAGGACGUGAUCACCCUCGAUCAUGCCUACCAUGGCCACGUGACAUCGCUCAUCGACAUCAGCCCGUACAAGUUUAACCACAUGGGCCCCGACGCCAAGAAGGAGUGGGUGCACGUGGCAUCCAGCCCGGACACGUACCGGGGCAAAUACCGCGAGGACACCGCGGAUCCUGGCACGGCUUAUGCCAACGACGUCAAAGAGUUGUUGGAACAGGCUCACAAGAAGGGACGCAAGAUCGCCGCGUUUGUGGCCGAAUCCAUGCAGAGUUGUGGGGGACAAAUUAUUCCCCCGCCCGGAUAUUUCAAGCAGGUCGCCGAACACGUUCGCCGCGCUGGAGGCAUCUUCAUCGCCGACGAGGUGCAGGUCGGCUUUGGCAGGGUCGGCAGCCACUUCUGGGCCUUCCAGCUCCAAGGGGAGGACUUUGUGCCCGACAUCGUGACCAUGGGCAAGCCCAUUGGCAAUGGCCACCCCAUAUCGUGCGUCGUGACCACCCGCGAGGUGGCAGACAGCUUCAGGGCCAGCGGCGUGGAGUACUUCAACACCUUUGGCGGCAACCCGGUGUCGUGCGCCAUCGCCCUGUCGGUGCUGGACAUCAUAGAGAAGGAGAAUUUGCGGGAAAAUGCCGUGUCCACCGGGCGCUACCUCGUGGAGCUGCUCAAUGAGCUGAAGACGAGGCACGAGAUCAUCGGCGACAUCAGGGGGCAGGGACUGUUUGUCGGCGUGGAUCUGGUGAAGGACAGGCAGUCAAGGGCAGCAGCAACUGCAGAGGCCGAGCACAUCAUCUACAGGUUGAAAGAGGAGCACGUGCUGCUGAGUGCAGACGGGCCCUACAGCAACGUGCUCAAGUUCAAGCCGCCCAUGUGCUUCAACAGGGACGACGCCAAGUUUGCUGUGAACAAGAUCGACCAGAUCCUCAUGGAGAUUACUCAAGGUGAGAAGGUGACGACUCUCAAGGCACUUAAAAACCUGAAGAUGGAUUCUCAUCAGGCUCAGGAAUCAAAGCUCAUCCAUGAAAAUGGAGCGCACUGAGACCACAUCUCGGGCAGGACUUGACUGGAGGCAGCUCGCCGUACGGACGAAAGGCGGACGACGCAAGGCUUCCUCAUGACGAAGACAACGAUCCCCCCAUAUAGCCUUAAACAGACUGUUCGGGCAAGUGCUCUUAGCGAGCACGUAUUAUGGCAUCACACACGCACACAUUAACCUCAACAGCACACAUGCCCGGCGUGCUAAACUACGAUGUCAACACAGAAAAUCGGAGUAGGGUCUUGAAAAUUGCAUUGUUUAGUAGAAACAAAUAUUUCAGUUGGUUUGAAAAGGGUAUAAUGUGUAUUAAAUGUUUGAUUGUGUAGCUACUAACCACGUCGUUGUGGUGUUUCCUAGCUACAAAUAACACAUGAAUGUAUUAUUCAGGUAUGACACUAAGUCUGUAAAUCAUGUUUUUCUCACGCUCUGAUUUUUAUGCUCAGAAUAUACAUUGGCAAUUAUUUUUCUCUUGGGCAUUCAAAUGCAAAAUGUUGGUGCAUGCCAGGGAAAUGUGUUGGUGAAUAUAUCUUUAUUAAGAAAUAGAACAUUACACGCUUGAGAACUUCGAAUUAAUCUUCGCCCAACGGUGGCAUAUGUGUUACAAAUGGCUAAGCUGUAUACUUAUCUCAAAACACUGUAUUUUAACUGCUGAUUAUGGAUCAUUCAACAUUAUCAACGUCAUAUGGUAUUUGUCAAACAUCCCAAUGCAGUACCCUCCGAUAAUAGAUUAUUAAGGCUCAGUAGGGUUUUCCCAGGUAAAUAAUGGGAAUUUGUAUUACUAUACCUUAGGCUUCUUAGGUGGGGGAGGUAAAGCCUAAUCCAUCAUCGUCAGCUAUGAUCAUUCCACUGCAGAAUGAAUGUCUCCUUCAGCCAUCGCCAUCCCUCAUAGCCCGACGUUGCAACAAUCCAUCUAAGCUGAUUUCAUCGCUACAUCACCAUGGUACGUGAUAACGUUUGAAUUAGUCCUAAAUGGUACAUUACAGACUCCACAAAUGCAACCACUGAACCCAAAGCCGACUAUUUUGGGAAUGUUAAUUAUUUUGCAUGUAACAAAAAUGUACUGCUGUCAUGAUUGUUGACCAUUUACCUCAAGAAAACCUUUAUAUAAGCUAAAAGGUAAUUUUAAAAUGUGCCCCCCCCCCCCAUAUAGUUUUAACAAUUUACUUAGAAUAUUAUAUUAUAUGCCCAACUAACUGAACGUCGGGUGUUAAUAUGAUCAGCUGCUUUUAAAAAGAGCAUUAAUGCAAUAAGGGAAUGUGUAAUGCUUGACGUACUUUAAUUAGGUUUUAAAAAAAACUUUUUAAAGGUUAAUUGUGAGCCGGCACGACUGCUGAUAUACUCAUAUCAAUAAUUGUUGAAUACAUUUUUUGUUGUUAAUUUUUACGUUUUAUAUAAUAGCUGAUUCAUGCAAUAUAUUGAGUGUUUAAAGGUGCAUGCCACACCUUACCGCUCACACCAAACAAAGAUCAGGCUCGAUUUUUGCAAUGAGUGCAAUGCAUGGAUUGGCGAAUGCCACAUUAAGCUUUGUUUCGGAAAUAAAAACAUUAAAUUUCUCUA